ACACACGCGAGCUGUCAAAAUCAAGCAGCAAAUCGAAUAAACAAACGUUGCUAUAGGAAACGGUUACAUGCGCGGGUACAAUGAAUGGUUUUUCUUAAAGAGAGCCGAAAUUUUUGCUGUGCUUGAACAAAAUUGUGUCCAAAACUCAAGGAAAAAUGAAUCCCUCACGCCAGAAACAACAGCAGCUGAAACAGAAUGCAUUAUGCAAAGCGGUUGAAAGUAACCGUACGAAUGCCAACUACCAAAAAGAUUUCGACCAAAUACAGCGCAACUGUUUGGAGAACUGGCGAAAGCAGACAGCAGAACAGGCUGCCAGGGAACGUGAACACGAACAGCGGCAACUCGCACAACAGCGGGAAGCGGCCCGACGCCAAUGGUUGCUCGACGAGCAGGAACAGGCACACCGGUUGCAGGAAGCGAACCGGCAAAAGAUUAACGAAGAAAAGCUACGCCAGCAGUUGCGCGAAUCGAACCAAGAAAUGCGUCUGCUCGAGUCGAAACUGCGGGCCGCCUAUGUGGCCAAAGGCAUCGCCGCCCAGCUGGCGGAAGCGGACCUGCGAAAGAAAGCCGACCGGUUGCAGGCGCUCAAAGAAAUGGAAGAGUUCGAUAAACUGAAGCGGGAAAACGUCGAGUACAUGAAGCAAAGGCAGGCAGUCGAAGAGACCGAAAAGCGGACGCUACGUUUCGUGCUGCAGCAGCAGAUGGAUGAAACACGGGCCGUGAAAAAAUGUCUGUACGAAGAGUUUCUUGCGGAAAAAAUCUAUCUCGAUGUGGUGGUGAAGAAAAUACAGGAGGAACAUCUAGAGGCGAUCCAGCGGAAGCUGGAACAGCAGCAGUGUACCCGGCAGGAGAUGGAAUAUUUUCAGGAAGCGAAACAAACGUGGAAAGCGCGCCAAGCAUUUUUGGACGAGGAGGAAAACGAACGCAUCCGAAAGUACGGCCAGGAGAAGGAUCUUUUGAAGCAGAUGAAACAACAGCAGAAGCAGGAAAGCGACCAACGGCGGGAAGAGCUUAACAGGGCUAUGAUUGCUGAGCUGGAAAAGGAUAUUACCGAUCAGCGGAAUCGCGAAGAGAUGCUGCAAGAGCUGUACAUCGCCGAACGGAAUGAGAAGGAGGAGAUGAAGCGUCAAAUCGAGCUGGAAGAGCAAAUCCGUAAGCGGGUCGCGAUCCGGUUGGACCUGGAACGGCAGCUGGUGGAAAACAGCUGCCAACGGGAACUGCAAGCGGAAGAGGAGAAACGUUUCCAGGAGGAUCAGAUCAAGCUGUGGGCGGAACGGGAUCGUAUCGAUAUGAUGUCGAACGAGAAACGUCGCCGAAAGAUGAUGGAGUACAGGCGGCAGGUCCAGGAGCUGCUGGAGGACCGACGGAAGCGCCGCACGGAAGAGGUGAAAACGCUGAUGGAGCAGGAAGAGCGGCAGAAGCAGGAAGAGCACCGUAGGCAGGAAAUACUCGAGGAGGAACGGAUAAAGCUUCUGAAGGAGCAUGCUACAGCGCUGCUCGGGUUCUUCCCGCCCGGCGUACUGCGCGAGACGGACCGGGAAUUUAUUCCACUGCCGAAGCUUAAUAAACCCACCAAGUAAAAUGGGCAUUUUGGUGGGCGAUUUUUUUAAAUGUAUACAGAAUAAAAAAAAUGUAAUUUUAUCCCUUUUUAA